AUGAUCACUUCAAAUGACUCCUCAGUUUAUGAAUUUAUCCUUGAAGGGUUAACAAGUCACCCAGAGCUCCAACUGCCACUCUUUCUGCUGUUCCUUGGUAUAUAUGUUGUCACUGUGGUGGCAAAUCUGGGCAUGAUCAUUUUAAUUGUCAUCAGCUCACAACUUCAUUCUCCAAUGUACUAUUUUCUCAGUCAUUUGUCAUUCAUUGAUCUUUGUUACUCCUCUGUCAUUACCCCUAAGAUGCUAGUGAACUUUGUGUCAGAGAAGAACAUUAUCUCCUUUCUGGAGUGCAUGGCUCAGCUUUAUUUCUUCCUUAUUUUUGUAAUUGCAGAAGGCUAUCUUCUGACAGCCAUGGCAUAUGACCGCUAUGUUGCUAUAUGUAGCCCACUACACUACAAUACCAUCAUGUCUCAUAGGGUCUGUUCCAUAAUGAUGGCUGUGGUAUAUUCACUGGGUUUGUUUGGGGCCACAGUCCAUACCACCCGCAUGUCAAUGUUGUCCUUCUGUGGGUCUCAUAUUGUCAGUCACUAUUUUUGUGAUAUUCUCCCUCUUUUAGCUCUUUCUUGUUCCAGUACUCACAUCAAUGAGGUUCUGUUAUUUAUUAUUGGGGGUGUUAAUACUUUAGCACCUACUCUGGCUGUUCUCAUCUCUUACGCUUUCAUUUUUUACAGUAUCCUUCAUAUUCGCUCCACUGAGGGUCGAUCCAAAGCCUUUGGCACUUGCAGCUCCCAUCUCACGGCUGUGGUAGUUUCUGCCCUGCUGGAGGGGCAGGCACCAAAACUGGAGCUUAUCAAAUGCCACAUAGACCCAAACCGGGCAUAUGGUAAACUCAAAGUGAACAGCUGCUUCACCGCCAAGAGAAAUUCUGACCAGCUGAGUCCUUUAACGAAUGAUGGUUAUCCAGAACCCAGAGACUGCCUGAAACCUAUUAACCAGAGGGUCAUAACUGCUCUUUUGUGA